UCCCACCUCAUUAGGCACGGAGCAGGCGGCGGCCGGUGACUCGGGAGGCGGGCAGGCGGCAGGCGGCAGGCGGCGGCGGGCGCGCGCAGCUGCGGCGCUCCGAGCUCGCUGCUCGGGCUCUGGCGCAGGCGGCGGCGGCGCAGGCUGGCUGCAGGGAGGCCGGGACGAAGGCAGGCCGUGGAGGAACGGCGGCCGCAGCAGAAGUGCAAAACCCAUCGGAGGGCCAGCGUCGCCGAGCCGGCAAUGGCAGCGCGAGCCGCUCCGCCACCAUGCCUCCACCACCCGUUCCCACCAUCUCCACCCUCUCAGCGCUCCUCGCUGGCUGCGCCUCCCUCAGCACCGCCGCCGCGCUCCACGCCCACCUCCUCAAAUCCUCCCGCCUCUUCCGGCCCGUCUUCCUUGCCAACUGCCUCGCAGCCGCCUACUGCCGCCUCGGCGCUGCCCCGUCCGCUGUCGCCGUGCUCCGCCACGCGCCGGAGCCCAACAUAUUCUCCCGCAAUAUCCUCCUCGGCGCCAUGCUCAAGUCCCGCGAUCUCCUGUCCGCGCGCAGGCUGUUCGACGAAAUGCCUGACAGGGAUGCCGUCGCCUACAACUCCAUGAUGUCAGGCUACAUUGACGGUGGGCGCAACAAUGAGGCGUUAAGCCUCGUUUGGACGAUGUUGGAGGCAGGCGUCAGGCCUAGCGGCUUCACCUUCUCCAUUAUUUUGUCAGCUGUUCGGGUUGCUCGUCAUGGGGUGCAGGUCCACGCAGCUGCUGUCCGCCACUGUUUUGCACAUCAGAAUUCUGUAGUCGGCAAUGCACUCAUCAAUAUGUAUCGGCGUGUCGGCCUCUUGGAAUAUGCAGUGCAGGUGUUUUGGAGUAUGAAUGGACAUGAUAUUGUUUCUUGGAAUUCCGUCAUGUCAGUGUACAGGGAUGAUGGCCAGAGACGUCAGGUUUUUGAGUGUUUCCGGAUGAUUAGGAGCCAUGGAUUAUUUUUUGACGAGUGCAGUUUGUCCACAGUGCUCAGUGCAUGCAUAGAUGCUGAGGAUUCGUCUAAGGGUGACCAGUUGUUGACCCACUGUGUCAAAAUGGGGCUCCUUAGAAAUUCUCUCAUUUGUAGUGCUGUUAUUGGCCUAUUAUGUGCAUCUGACAGACUUGCUGAUGCUGUUUAUCUUUUCAAAGGAAUGGCAACAUGGGACUCUGAAACGUGUAAUGCAAUGAUAUCAGGCUAUGCUAGGAGUGGAUUAAUGGAGCAAGCUCUGGGUCUUUUCACGAUGGCACUGCAAAAUGGUAUUCUUCCAACUGGGUUUACUUUUGCGAGCGUGCUGAGAUGGAGUUCAUGUUUUGGUUUGGUGGAACAAGGCACUCAAAUUCAUGCCCUGAUUUUUAAACUUGGCCUUGAAGAUGAUUUAAUCAUUGCUACUGCGCUUGUUGACAUGUACUGCAAAUUAGCUUCCUUGAAACAUGCCAAGAAAAUCUUCAGCAGGGUUAGUUUCAAGGAUUUGGUAUUGUGGAAUACAAUGAUCAUUGGUCUUUCACACAAUGGGAGAGGUAAAGAAGCUCUUCAAGUGUUUCGGCAGAUGUUGAAGUGUAAUAUCCAACCAGACAGGAUUACACUUUCUGGUGUUUUAUCUGCUUGUAGCUUUGAAGGUCUUGUAAAUGAAGGAAUAAAAAUGGUUUCCCUAUUUGAAGACAAAUACCAUAUUGUUCCUGGUGUGGAGCACUACACAUGUGUUGUUGACAUGUUAAGCCGUGCAGGAAUGCUUGGAGAGGCAGUAGAUUUUGUAGAGAGCAAGUUGCAAAAAUGUAUUGUUGCUGCUUUAUCCAAUGUUCUUGAGGCCUCAUUGAUCAAAAGGGACUUUCGCAUGGCAGAAUUGAUUGCAGAAAAGAUGACGAAAUUGAAGCCUCGAUCCUCACUACCGUAUGUUGUUCUGGCUCAAUCUUAUGGUGCCAGAUGUAAGUGGGAAAGCAUGGCCAGGAUGUGGAGGUCAAUGGAAGAUCAGGGGUCAAAGGAAGUUCAGGAAUGUAGUUGGAUCUGUACCAAGAAUCGAAUCCAUGUGUUUACUUCUGAACAAAUAUUGCAUCAUGGUAAAGAGGCUACAUAUGCAGUGUUAGAUCUGUUGUUUUGGGACAUGAUGGAACACAGAUAUGCUCCUUGCUGUUUUGAAUUUAUAUCACAAGAAGAGCCCAAUAACAAUGAGACAUCAGCUUGUCAUCAUCAGCUGUUCUGUGAUUAUUCUCCAUGAGCUCUGCUGUGCUUGUGGUCCCCCCCUGUUGGAGCAGGUCCGCCAUGGAUCUUGAGCCGUGCUCAUUGAGGGGAUGCAGUUAGUGAUGGAGUUAGAACAGGACUUAAAGCACUUUUUUUUGCAAGGAGAAGGGCAGUGGAAAUCAGGGCAAGGAGAAAGGCAGU